AAUUGCAUUCUGUUUAUUUUAAUAGCACCAAGUCACAAGACUCGACUCGCGUCGAGACAGUCAAAGUAAAACCCAAACUGUUGCAGGAUAAGCAUUUUCCAGAGGAUGUGUUAGGACUGUGCGCCGUUAGACUCAAACUAUGAUUAAAAAAAUCAAAUACUGGUGAUAAAUGAAAGUUUUUGCUCCAUGGAUCGGAUCGAGAAGUUUCCACAUGAACGGUUAUUUCCACGCUGACCGCUGGAGGCUCCCAGCCUUCUAUGCGUCACUUGGAGUGGAGCCGGCGACCAUGGAGGAGCCGCAGCCUCAGCAGCGCGAAGCGGAGCCUCAACUUCCUAACGGAGACCUGGACGAAGACAGGGAGGUCAGAGAUAUCCUGGAAUCGUUAAAGAAAAGGAGAAGAACGAAGAGAAGGAGUAAGACCGCUGCAUCAGUGUGUGACUUUGCAGCAGGGACGAACGAAGCUGAGGGGGAUGAAAUAGAAACCACAAGUGUUGGUGAUGUGACAAAACAGCUGGAGGAGCAAACCCUGGAGGAGAGAGAGAGGGUGCAGGACGCAGAAGAAGAAGGAGACGAGGGCGAACGCCCAGCUGGUAGAAAGAAGAGGAGGAGGAAGAAGAAGAAAACAUUGAAGGGGCAGACUGACCCUCCCUCGGUGUCUAUUUGUGAGCUCUAUCCCAGCGGAGACUUUCCAAAGGGAGAGGAGUGUGAAUAUCCCCCAUCAAAAGAUGGGCGCAGCGCAGCAUGGAGGACUACCAGCCCGGAGAAACGAGCGCUGGACAUGGCCAACGAGGAGAUGUGGAGUGACUUCAGGCAGGCGGCCGAGGCCCACAGGCAGGUCCGCUCCUACGUCAUGAGCUGGAUCAAACCCGGGAUGACCAUGAUUGACAUCUGUGAGAAGCUGGAGGACUGCUCCAGGACGCUGAUCAAAGAAGACGGGCUGAAUGCGGGGCUGGCCUUCCCCACAGGCUGCUCUAUCAACCACUGUGCUGCACACUACACCCCAAACGCAGGAGACCCGACCGUGCUGCGCUACGACGAUGUCUGCAAAAUAGACUUUGGAACGCACAUCAAUGGUCGAAUCAUCGACUGUGCAUUCACCAUCACUUUCAACCCCAAGUACGACAGACUGCUGGAGGCCGUGAGAGAUGCGACCAACACGGGCAUCAGGUCUGCUGGGAUUGACGUGAGGCUGUGUGACGUUGGCGAAAUCAUUCAGGAGGUGAUGGAGUCCUACGAAGUAGAGUUAGAUGGGAAAACAUAUCAAGUGAAGCCGGUCAGGAAUCUGAACGGCCACUCUAUCGGACAGUACCGGAUCCACUCCGGGAAGACCGUCCCCAUCGUGAAAGGUGGUGAAGCCACCAGGAUGGAGGAAGGUGAUGUGUUUGCCAUUGAGACCUUUGGCAGCACCGGAAGAGGAGCCGUCCACGAUGACAUGGACUGUUCUCAUUACAUGAAGAAUUUCAGUGUUGGACACGUGCCAAUUAGGCUCCCACGGGCUAAACAUCUGCUGAAUGUAAUCAACGAGAACUUUGGUACUUUGGCGUUCUGCCGCCGCUGGCUGGACCGUCUGGGUGAGAGCAAGUACCUGAUGGCGCUGAAGAACCUGUGUGACCUCGGCAUCAUAGACCCUUACCCUCCUCUCUGCGACAUCAAGGGCAGCUACACCGCCCAGUACGAGCACACCGUCCUCCUCAGGCCCACCUGCAAGGAGGUGGUGAGCCGAGGAGAGGACUAUUAAGCAUGCAAAGAAAUUUCAGGCUGAACACUGGAAAUGACUGCAGACCUCUGACUGACAGCAAUUAUGCAAUCUGGAUUAUUAUUCCACUGCUGGAGCCUUUAAUGAUUAAGCCUUGUGUAAGAAACUGCAUCCUGGAGGAUUAAUCCAGCAGACAAAAGGUGCAGAUUUAGUUUUGAGAAAUGUUGAAAAUCAUGACAUCACCAUCAGCUGUGUGGCUGGCGGCAAUACUCCCACCUAAACGGCGUUUGGCUACAUGCAAACACACCAUCUUACACCUUUUAUGUUUAUACAUGUAACCUCUGCACUAAUGCCUUGUUUAGCUGCAGCCACGCAGCUGACGGUGAUGUCAUGACCCAGGUGAGUGUUUCCAGCAAAAGUUGUGUUACUCUGGUUGUGGGUUGAAUCCCGAAUGCCCACAGUCAUUGUCAUGUGCAACACUUCUGCUGAUCAGCACCCUCAGCCAGCGGAGCGGGAUGUUCGACCACUAAUUAAAAUGUUGGCAUAAUCCUCAGAAUGAAUUAAGUGGGGUUAAGGAUUUAGCAA